AUGGUGUUCCUAAUCCUCUUCCGGUUGCUAUGUGGCUUGGCCUUCCUCGCUGGGCUGCCAUUAAACAGCUACAUCCUCUUCGUUGCCAGCUGCCAUGUGGAGAGGAAACCCAGCUCCAUAUGGUUCUGGAGCCAGGCUGUGGCUGAUUUAAUCUUCAUCGUCUUCCUGCCCCUCAGAUUCAUCUCCAUCUUCAUCCUGGACUUAGACUUUGCCAGUGAGCUGAGCAGCACCAUCACAUCCUUUCACAUGUUCUUCAGUGCCUUACCCCUCAGUGUUGAUCGCUGCAUCCUAGUGGCAUGCCCUGAGUGGGCCAGGAACCACUGCACACCCCUCCUGACAUUCAAGAUGGUUAUGGGCAUGUGGGCCCUGUCUCUUGGGUUCAGCCUGCGGCAUGGUGAUCUCUGGGAAUCCCCGCGCUCACCUGCCAGCAUUCGCAUGAACUUCCAACUGGAUGAAGGGAGGGUGAAGGCUGCCGUUGCCAUCCAUUUCCUGGUCGGGUUUCUGAUGCCACUAGCCUUGAUCUUGAUUCCAACAUUCUACAUCGUUCUAGCUGCCAAGCUGAGAGGGAACAGGCUGAUCCAGUCCACCAAGCCACUCAAGAUCUUUCUUGGCUUGAUCCCGACCUUUUCCCUCUGCUGGCUGCCGUAUCACAUAUUCUUCUUCCUGCAGAUCUCAGCUACGUACCCUCAGACUCUUCUGAACACAGGAAGCACUUUUGCUUGUGUCCUGACAUUUUUCAGCAGCUGCCUCAACCCCAUCUUCUACCUCACCAUGGAGGAAGAGUUUCUGAGGUACUGGCAACGUGCACGCAACCCCCAAACCACCAACAACUCAGGACCAGAGCUGGCUGAAUAGGGGAAUGGAUGAAUUGUUGAUAUUUACAUGGAGAAAGAAUUCUGUUCGCUGGGACAUGUAACUUCCUCUUGACCCCAAAAUUGUCUUUUUUAGCAAGUGAAUUUUUUGGCCUUACUCAAAGAAGAGCCAUGAGAAUGAUUACAGGAUUUGAACACCUGCCUUGG